GCGGAGGCUGGCUUGCGCCAGGCGCGCACUCGCUCCGGAACAUGGCGGCGGAGCCCUUGGUGGCCGCGUUGGCUGGUGGUGGCGGUGGGGGCGUGGGGGCGCCGUCGGGCGGCGUCCCUGUGCUCUUCUGCUUCUCGGUGUUCGCGCGGCCGUCGUCGGUGCCUCACGGCGCGGGCUACGAGCUGCUGAUCCAGAAGUUCUUGAGCCUGUACGGCGAUCAGCUGGACAUGCACCGCAAAUUCGUGGUGCAGCUCUUCGCGGAGGAGUGGGGCCAGUACGUGGACCUGCCCAAGGGCUUCACGGUGAGCGAGCGCUGCAAGCUGCGCCUCGUGCCUCUGCAGAUCCAGCUCACCACCCUGGGGAACCUUACACCUCCCAGCACUGUGUUUUUCUGCUGUGAUAUGCAGGAACGAUUCCGACCAGCCAUCAAAUAUUUUGGGGAUAUUAUUAGUGUGGGACAGAGACUGUUGCAAGGAGCUCGGAUAUUAGGAAUUCCAGUUAUUGUAACGGAACAAUACCCCAAAGGUCUGGGCAGCACUGUCCAAGAGAUUGACUUAACAGGUGUGAAACUGGUGCUUCCAAAGACCAAAUUUUCAAUGGUAUUACCGGAAGUCGAAGCAGCGCUAGCGGAGAUCCCUGGAGUCAGGAGUGUUGUGUUGUUUGGAGUCGAAACUCAUGUAUGUAUCCAGCAAACUGCUCUGGAGCUGGUUGGCCGAGGCAUUGAGGUUCAUAUUGUUGCUGAUGCCACGUCGUCCAGGAGUAUGAUGGACAGGAUGUUUGCUCUUGAGCGUCUUGCUCGGACUGGAAUCAUAGUGACCACAAGUGAGGCUGUUCUGCUUCAGCUGGUAGCUGACAAAGACCAUCCGAAAUUCAAGGAAAUUCAGAAUCUAAUUAAGGCGAGUGCACCAGAGUCUGGUCUGCUUUCCAAAGUAUAGGACAUUUGGAGGAUCGGGAUCACCACCAGGUGACGGACUGAAAGCCCAGACAGGCUCUUGUCUCUACUAGAACUAAAAUGUUAAGUCAAAGCGGCUCUUUUUUUUGCAGCUCUUAGAAUCAUUUAACUGGCUAGACCGUUUGGGACCAGCAUUUAGUUACAAUGUCAAGGCUUCAGGUGCUGCCUGCCUUCUUUUUUCAUAAUGGGCUUUGAUUUAUUGAGACACAGUUACAGUGGAGGUGCCUGUUUUGUCUACACUGUGUCCUCUGACCAUAUCUUUUGAAAGUGCACCCUCUGGUGAAGUUUUCUUAAAUUGUGCACUUUAAAGAAAACAUAUGUACCAAUAAUGAUUUGAUUUUUAUAUCAUGGUGGUAAUGCCAGUGUAGACCCAGUGCUUUCACUCCACAGGCUGACAUGGUCCUGUGUGUGAGUUGACAAGCAGGACUCUGGGUCACAUACUUCUUUUCUCACAGGGUUGUUGAGUUGCUUAUUGAGAGAAUUGCAUUGACUUAACCAGAGCAAGUUAAAUAUUGUUUAUCAUUCUUGAUUGUACUGAUUUUCUUACCCUGGCUACCGUUUUUGUUGAUUUUCUUACCCUGGUUAAUGUUCUGUAUUAAUGUUCUUUUUCUGCUGAAUGUUUUAAGUCCUCAUUGGUUCUUUUAAUUUUGUAAACGGAGUUAUUCACAGUGCUGGGUAAUUGAUGGUGGUACUCUGUAAUAUCACCGAUGUAGGGUGAUAACCGCAUGUCUUCAACUUUCAGUAUACACAGGACUUAGGGGAGAAAUAAAGGCUGGGUAAAAGUGUAGUGUUAAAAUGCCCGUAUUCUAUUUCAUAUUUUCUCUCCCUGACCUUCAAAUAGUGUUGUUAAUACAGAAGGCAUAGGUAGUGAUUGAAUAGUACCAAUCCUAUGGUCAUUGUUACCCAUCAGUAAAUUUAUUUUCAUUUAAUAAUUAAUGUUUAAAAACUUUUUAAAAACAUGUUGUGAAAUGUGGAACAUUGUUCUUUGUAUUAAAGAAAAUGUAUUAUGUGACUGAAGUUGUUUUGCUUCCCAUAAAGAUGGCUUUAUGAAUACUAUUCUGGGAAUUCUAAAAUUUACUCAAAGGUAAUAAACUUGAGAUUCAUAA